UCACAAAGAAUAAGACCAAAACCCCAUUAAUAAUUUAAUUUUUCAUAUUAAAUUCACCUCCUUCAUAAAACCCACCACUUUCCCCUUUGACUAAUUCACAUAAACAUUUUUCUUCUCUUCUUCUCUUCAUUCUCUCUACCAUGGAUGAUGAUCAAGAUCAUCACAUGGCAUCCACGUUGGAUCUUAAUCUUAAACUUGGAUUAGGAAGUUAUGUGCAAAACAAUGUGAACAAACCACUGGUUGAUUCAAAAGAAGAAUUGGCCAUUGAUUUGAACCAUGAUAGGGCAAAUGAAUUGAGUUUGAAAAGAGUGCAUGAAGAACAAGCAAACACUGUUGAAGAAGAAAUUGCUAUUGACACCACCAAUGAUAACAACGGGUGCCCAAAGAAAUUGAGGCUUACAACUGAGCAAUCAAACAAGCUUGAAAAUGCCUUCAAGCGUCACAACACAAUUAACACCGCUCAAAAACGGGCACUUGCUGAGGAAUUGAAUUUAAAGCAAAGACAGGUUGAAGUUUGGUUCCAGAACAGAAGAGCAAGGACUAAGCUGAAACAAACAGAGGUGAACUGUAUAUACUUGAGAAAAUGUCAUGAGAAACUAAGUGAAGAGAAUCUUAGGUUGAAGAAGGAAUUAGAAGAACUGCGUGCAUUAAAAGUUGGACCAUCAAAUACAACUCAAUCAUCUAAAGCUGCAAAUUGGACCAUUUGUUCAUCAUGCAAGAAAAUAUGGAAACCCAAUGAGGAAGAUGUUGUUAUUAAGAGCAGCCACAGCACCAUAGAGUUAGAUUAAAGUCUAUAAGAAUUUAAUUAAUUGAUUGGAAUAUUAUUAUUAACAUCAAUAUUAAUGAGUUAGAUGAAAAAAAAGUACACAAUAUCUCAGUCCGCACACCAAAUUAUGAUGUAUAGGACUGCGGUUAGGUUACCUAAAGAUUUAAUUAGAUAUAUUAUUAUUAUUAUCAAAAUUAAGAAAACAAAUUUAUUUAUUUUGUAUUGUGCUUUUGAAUUUUCUGUAAAUGUAUAUAAAUAAAUGAAUAAAUAAGAUGCAAUUUU